UCUAGAUCGAACUUUCCAUCUAGCUAGAAUUAACUCAAAACUCAAAAGGGAUCAUCAUCUCAAUGGCAGAAAAGCUUGUUUUGUUGCACACAUUGCCUAGCCCGUUCGCUGCAAAGGUGAGAAUUGGCUUAGCCGAGAAAGGCGUGGAAUACGAGAGCUUCGAAGAGGAUUUGAGUAACAAAAGUCAAUUGUUGCUCACGGUGAACCCCAUUUACAAACAAAUUCCCGUUCUUAUCCACAAUGGAAUACCUAUCUGCGAUUCUUCUAUCAUUCUAGAGUACAUCGAUGAGGUAUGGACAGAAAAUUCUCAUAUCUUCCCAUCCGAUCCUUAUCUACGAGCCAACACUAGGUUUUGGGUUGAUUACAUAUCAAAAAAUAUAUUCGAUAUAUCGCGUGACUUUGUGGUUAAGAGUACAGGAGAAACUCUAGAAGCGGAAAAGAAAGAGCUGGUGAAGCGUUAUAAGGUAUUGGAAGGGGAACUCGGGAACAAAACCUAUUUUGGCGGAGAAAACUUCGAAGCUGUUGAUAUGGCUUUAAUUCCUUUUUCCGGGUGGUUUCUUUCAUAUGAGAAGACGGGACUAAACAUUAAGGAUGAGUGCCCUAAGAUUGUGGAAUGGGCUGAAAGGUGCCUGAAAAGGGAGAGUGUUUCCAAGUCUCUUGCUCCUCCACAAUUGAUAUAUGAAGUCCUAAAGAACAUAAGGAAACAAUAUUUUCAGGACAAGUGAAGAGGGUUGAUUGAUUAGCCAAUCAAUAUUCAAUAAGUUUGAAUUAUAUUUGCAAUUUUAAUAAGUUUUUUUGUGUAAUAAUAAUAUGAAUAAGAAUAAUGGUUAUUGUUUGUUGCU